AUGUCCUCCCUCCUCCGCUACAGACCCUCUGACCGCCUCUACUUCAUAGGUCUAACCUUCAUCCGACCACGACAUGUCUUCCUCCUCCUCCUCCUCGUCUCCGUCGUCCUGUCCGCGCUCAUGCUAGCAGGCUGCUCCUCCUCCUCUGGCGUCAUGCCAAACAUCUACCUCAUGCACAUGGGCUACAACGGCGGGAUCGUCUACCAAACAUCCGGCUCGUCCGUCGUCAACUCCGACAUCAGUCUCACGCUGGGGAAUAUCGUCGGCCAGUCCGCGCUCGAGCUCAGGAUCGGCUAUUUCGCAAUGUGCAUGCGCUCUUCCUCUUCUGAUUCCUGGCUAUGCAAUCAAAACGCAUCCACGCUCGCCGCGCAGCUCUCCUCAAGCGACGAUCCGCUCAACCUCAUCCACGCCGCUGACUCCUUCCGCAGCAAAAUCGUCUUCCCAUACCUCCUCCUCAUCGCCGCCGCCCUCUCCUUCAUCGUCUUCAUCCUCAUCCUGCCCUUCCCGCCCCUCCUCAAAUCAGCCUCGACAGCACUCUGCUUCCUCGCCUGCAUCCUCGUCCUUGUCUCUGUGCUCUGGCAACAUACUUCCUCCGUCGCAGCAGGCGUGCUCGCAGUCAACGUCGGCAACGGCACCGUGUUUGCGGGGGUGGGCGUCACAGCUAUGAUCAUGGGGUGGCUGUCGUUUGGGAUGCUGACGGUUACGGUUAUUGGGAUUUACUACUUUGUGGUGAUAAAUCAGAUGGUGGUUACGAAGAUUGAGGGGUAG